AUGGAAAGGAAAUCAAAGAGUCCUUCUCCUCCAAGCUCAGAACAUGAUGAGGAGCGAUCAGCAGAUGAGGAAGAAGAAGUUCAGCAUCAUGCUUCACCAAGAGGUAAUACACCUCCACGUUCUCCAACUCCUACUGAACAACUUCAUGACAAGAUUCGAACACCUACUCCAUCUCCACCGAAAACUACAGUUCCAGUUUCGGUUGCUCCUAUUCCACCACUUCCUACAUCUCAAACCACCACUUCUAUGCCACCACCACCACCAGUUAGUAUAAUACCAAUUUCUACCACUCCUUUACCACCUCCUAUCUUUUCACAAGCAACUACCACCACUACAACCGAACCUCCAGUUAAUGUCAACGUAUCUGACACGGGGGCUAAUAUUGAAACCAAACCUCCUGUUACAUCCAAACCUCUUUCACCCUCACCCUCAACGGAUUUUGGUGAUACUCUCGGUGGUGCCAAUAUUGAGUUUGACUCAAACUAUUACAGUCCUUAUCGGAUUCCCACUAAUGAAGAGGAAGAUGCUCCUGUCACUAGACAACAAGUGCAGAGUCUUGAUGAAAAGCUUGAUCAAUUGCUCGCCUCUACAAGGACGUAUAAUGAUGUGGUGCUCAAGGCUUUUUUGGACACUACUUUUGAGCAGUAUACAGAGGCCAUUGACAAAUCAACAAAGGUGGUUGAAGCAUCCACUUCUUCUUGCCAGAAGGCUACAACUGACGUUGCAAAACUUAUUUACAGUUCCCAGAUUUUUCUCGAAUCCCUCAAUGGUCAUGCUCAUUCAAAUGCAGCUACAAUAAACGCUUCAGUUGAUUCUUUAUCCAAGUCACUUCAAGAAGAGCAUGCCAAAUUCGAGAAUGUUCGUUCUUCAAUUCAAGCUGAGAACACUUCUCUUCUUAGCUCUGUGAAUUCUCGGCUUGAAACACUCCAUGUUGAUUUGGCAAAGGAGAGUGCAUUAAGGGAGGAUCUUGCACGUCAAACCUCUACCAUUGAAGUUCAGACAGUUCAAUUGGCUUAA